AUGAUGUUCGGAGGAACUUCCUCUUCCAGUUCCACCUCCAGCAAUUCCCAGUACAUGGGUUCCUUCAAUCCUAACCAAAUGAUGAGCAGCAUGGGAAGCGGAAUGAAUAUGUUUAAUCCUGGUUCACAAUCUAGUGGACAGACUUCGUCUCAGUCAUCAGGCACUAUGGCAACGUUUGAUGCUACAAAACUGAACAGCCAGUUAAGCAGCUCUUCUGGAUCCCAGACCAGUGGGAUGGGAGGCGGAUUUAAUCCAAAUCAGAUGAUGGGUAGUGGAACAUCCACACAACAAUCUAGCUCUAGCGGAACUCAGUCUGGAAGUAGCGGUGGAACAAGCAGUUCAGGAACCGGAACUUCAGCAUUUGGUGGUAAUUUUAAUCCAAACCAACAAGGUGGAGCUCAGUUCAACAAUCAGCUAAGUAGCUCUACUGGAUCCCAGACCAGUGGAAUGGGUGGCGGAUUUAACCCAAAUCAAAUGAUGGGUGGUGGAGGAAGUGGAACAUCGGGGGGAACUCAGUCUGGAAGUAGCAGUGGAACAAGCAGUUCAGGAACCGGAGCUUCAGCAUUUGGUGGUAAUUUUAAUCCAAAUCAGCAAGGUGGUUCUCAGUUCACAAACCCUAUGUCACAAAUGGGAGGAGGGCAGGGAGGAGCAUCAUCAUCACUUAUUCCAAAUUAUAAUCCUAAUAACGCUGCAGUAAAUAUGGCAGGUGGGUAUGAUCCAAAUGCAGCCAACUCCGGACAGGGGACAGGAGGCAACGCCCCAACUUUCACCAACGGAAUGGGCAUGAACGCUCAGCAGCAGUCGAUGGGGGGAGGUUCGAUGCCAAGUGGGAAUGGCAUGACACAGCAAUCGGGAGGUGGAGGCACCAUGGCACAAAGUGGUACAAGUAGUGGUGGCGCCUCAUCUUUUGGAAGUUCAACUGGCUCAGGAAGCAGUACCACUGGAAGCAAUUCACCUGGAAGUGGAAGUGCGUCCUCCUUUGGAAGUUCAUCCGGAACUGGAUCAGGCACUUCUUUAAGCAGUAGUGCUUCUUCAUUUGGAAGUCCAAGUGCAUCAGGGAGUAGUUCCCAAGGAGGAGCAAAUUCUUUUGGAAGUCCUACAAACACACAAUCCGGGUCUUCAAGCGGAGGCAGCAGUUCAGGUGCUUCGGCAUUUGGAACUCCGAUGUCCGGGAGUAGCUCUGGCAGCGGGACAUCACAAAGUUCCAGUGGGAGUUCGACAGCCGGAUCUUUUGAUCCUAUUAAAACUAAUGUCGAAACAACUCAGUCUGGAUUCAAUCCCUUAAGCCCAGUUUUAGGAAAGGUACAAAACUUUAUGGGACCCCAGGCCGGUUCAACUGGUGGCACGUUUGAUCCCGGUGCAGUUAACACACAAAUGGCAGUACAAGGUGCUAGUUUGAACAUGUUUGGGGGCGCUGGAGGUGGUGACGCAAAUAAAAUGGAUGCUAAUUCAUUAAUGGGUGGAGCUCCUGGAAUGAUGGGAGGGGCAAGUCAGGACGAACAGUCAAUUCGGGUGACAUAA